AUGUCAUCAUUCAAAAGGAGAACACAGUCAAAACAAGUUGAACUCGCUCCAGGUACACGCCUAUCACCAUCCUCAGCGUCUGUGAUUACUUCCACCGGCAUCGCAUCCUUGGAUGACAUACUUGGAGGUGGUCUGCCACUACAAUGCUUGUUUACUGUCCUCGCCCCAGAUAAUCACUCUGCAUACGGUGAAUUGGUUCAAAAGUACUUCAUCGCGCAGGGUUUGGCGGCAGGUCAUACCGUCUGGGUCGUCCACGAGGAAUCAGAUGCGUUCGUUCAGGAGUGCAUGUGGACUGGCAGCUCGCCACUGUCCACUUUGCCAAACUCUAGGGCUGGUAACGAAGAAGAUCAACCGAAUCAAGUUGACGAUAAGAUCAGGAUCGCCUGGCGCUAUGAACAGAUGAAGACAUUCCAGACAACUGUCUCUUCUCCCAACUCUGCAUCGGACGAUUAUUGCGCGACGUUCGAUCUGUCCUGUCGGAUAUCAAAAGACGUCAUUAGCACUGCUCAGUCUUCUGAGAAACUGCAGUGCAUCGGCGUGGACUACGCGCCCAACACGAUGGACGUGGUUAUUCAAAAGCUCCAAGAGAUUUUGAAGGCUUCCGACGCGACGCAACCCAUACGACUGUGCAUACCUUCGCUAGGUUCCCCAGCCUGGGGAGAUAUUUCUUCGUCGAAUCUUUUAUAUUUUCUGUCUAGACUGCGAUCUCUCCUGAAACAGCAUCCCAAGGCAUGCGCAUCCUUGUCUCUGGCGCCUCAUACUUCUUCGGAUAAGUGGGGUGGAGGUGGAUGGGUACAAAAGGUGGCAUGGUGCAGCGACGCCGCCAUCACCAUGUCGGCAUUUGGAGCCGACACACACCUGACUUCGCUUUUCCCAUCGCAGCACGGUUUCGUUCAGAUACACAGAGUCCCGGCUCCCAACACCCUGUUACCCGCAAGUGACAAACUUUCCAUCUUGCGUGGUCUUUCAUCGGCGGCAGGCGCCAGUGCUGGGAGUGGCGAAAACAACCUGGCCUUCAAAUGCACUCGCAAGCGUCUGGUUUUUGAGACGAUGCACCUCGACCUCGAAGGUGGUGUUUCAGAAAGGCGUACAACACCUUCU